UUGGCAGGAAAAACAAAAGUAUAUCGAAUUAAAAAUGAAUAUUCUGCAAACUACUGUUCUCGUACUUUAUUCUAGUUUAUAUUCAUCAGUGGACGGAACCUGCAGCAGACAUCUUGGACCAAGUGGAUCCCAUGGAUGCGUUCGCUUACGUUAUUACCAUGAAUAUCAAUCAGCAACAUGUGUAUCCAAUGCGUAUUUAAGAGCAAAGUGGAAUAAUUACCAUCAUUGCAGAUACCAUACCACGUAUUGCUGGGCCCAAUGCAUGACAGAAAGAUACAAUAUAUCUAGCGGUCCUGUCUUCAAGGAUUGCAAAUGUGUACCAGUUACCACUGUUCCGACUACACUUAUACCCAACAACUGUAACUACCCAUCUGGCAAAAAUUGUUCAUGGUUUGAUAACUGUUUUGACACUAUGUACUCAUGCAAUGGAACAUCUUUAACAGAAAUAAAGGACGUAUCUCUAAGAUUAUGUCAUGCCAACACGCCUAUAUUGAAAUUAUCAACAAAAGGUUUAGACUUUGUAGCUGCUGUUAAAAAAUGUUUUCCAUUUUUCAUGGCUCCUGUAUUGAAAUUGCAUCACAGUUGUACUGCUAUUGAAAAUAUAGCUGACGAAGUACGACAAACCUGUCUUAUUAAGCCUUUCGGAGGGAUCAGUUUGUGUGAGCUGGGUAUAAAUGCCGUAUGGACUAUUUUUUGGAGUUUUAGAAAUGAGUUUGCAACAACAUUCAUUCCAGGCCUUCGCUCAUUUUCAAAACAAGUACAAAAGUGUGCACAAAACUACACUUACAGGUUAGGCAUGAUUAGUGUUAUGAAAAAGAUUAAACUAUAUUUCAAAGCUUCGGUCCGACCAUACAUAGAUAUAACUAUUGCCGAGAAAUAUUUGUCUCAACUUGCAGAAGUAUUGCAGUUAAAGAACAAUGGAAUUAUGUGGUAUGCAGACCUUAACGAAGAUACAUCUAUUUCAAUUCUAUUUGCAAUUCGUGAUCCCUCAACGACAUUUUUUACCUCCUUCAAUGCAAGUGUGGAAACCGCAAUAAUAGCAAUCAGACAGAUGGUCAAAACUGGAGAAACGCAAUUGCAUAUUGACGGUUUCCUUGUUAAUCUAGAAUCGGUAUUUUCCUGUCAGGAUUUUGAAUGUUUGGACCCAAAUCACACCGUAGUUGAAGAUAUUCAAUAUUCUACUGUGCACUCUAAGGAUGUACCAUUCCAUAAACUAAAUCACACCAAAACUCCACCAAGUCUUCAUUGGUAUCAAAACAAGAAGGACGACCACCAUGUAUUAACAGUCAGUGGAUUAAUUGGAAUGAUAUGUGGAAUAGUUAUAUUUAUAGUGUUAUGUGUCUGUAUCGGUUGGCUAUGGCAUAUGAAGAGAAGUAAAGAGGAUAUUAUGCCGUUGGUAGUUGAAAAAUACUGAAGCCAUAUAGUUCACAGUCAAAUUAGUAAAGAAUCACUUGUACAUAUAUUCUCAAAUGAUCAAAUGUAAAAAUGCUUAAAAUUAAUUUUCCUUUAUCGGAUAUGUUUGAUAAUGAUAUUUUUACGAAAAAAUACAAUCAGAAAGUAAAUUCAAAUUUUAGGACCUUAUGCCUUUGGUUGGUUAGCACAAAAUACAAGUAAAGGACAAGUGGAAAUAAGAGGAACAAAUCAUUUUAAUUUUUUUCAAGUAAAUGUUACACGACAAGUGUUUCGUUUAUAUAUUCUACCAGGGUUAUGUUCGAGAACGUCUCGUCCUCUUUCAACGGAAGAUCCCAACAUCUUGUUGAUAAACACUCUGAAUCUACUUCACAAGUAAUACAUGAUGGUCUAGCAGUAUAGUUUCUAGGUACUAACGUUUGUAUCAUCUGAAUAACGUGUUGUAGUGUUCAUUUUAUUUGUUUUUGGAAAUCUAAUAAAUUUACCAUUUAGUCUAUAAUGGGUAAUAUACUUUUGGCGUGGCUCGGUAUUUAUACAUCCCUCUAUUUUAUAAUUGUGCUAUGGACUAUUUUGUAUCAUUGUGUUUCAUUUUUGCUUAUGUACUUUGUCAAUAGAGUGUCCAUAUGCUA